CUGCUGUCUUGUCAUAUUCAGCGGCGUAGAUUAAGUUCCCUACUCGAUCUAUCAUCUUCCUCGCCUUCUCGAUCUGCUGUCUUGAUUGCUCCGACAUGCAAGGAAACAACAAGCCAGACCACCUUCUCCCUCCGAGGCUGUUCGCCACAGACAGGGCCCCAAGCGGACGUAUCAACAUCUACUCCAAGCCAGACCUUCUAGCUUUUAUACAGCAUGCUCUCCGUAACACCAAAGAGCUCCAGUACAUCAAAGACUCUUGUUUCGGGAAGUUAUUUGAGCUCCCAGCACGUCAGUGUCCUGCCUCGUGUAAAAUAAUACACGCUUUUCUUACAAGACAGCUAAUUGUCGAGGAUAAACACACACUCUGGUCAGUCUUUGGAAGCGAUCCCAUCCGUUUCGGCCUCCAAGAGUUCGGCACAAUCACAGGUCUGCCUUGUGGAGAUUUUCCUGCAGACUACAACACUGAACUGGAAGACCAGAGUAAAGCUCACAAAGAUCCUGACUGGAUCAAGCUGAUCGGUAAAAAGAGAUUCACCACCAUUGCUGAUCUACGCCACAAGCUCGAGACUGAAACAACGAUGCCAGGAAAAAAGAAGCUGCGCCUAGCUCUAAUAAUAAUUGUUAAUGGGGUUCUAAUCGCUCAUCAACAAACUCCACGGCCUACUCUGAAGUACGUCAAGAUGGUCCAGGACGUCGACGCUUUCUGCCUACACCCUUGGGGCAUAGAGUCUUUCCUCAAGACUAUUACCUGCAUGAAACCUCCCAAGUUCAUCCCUCUGAAAUGCGAGGACCCUAUUGCAAAGCUUAUUAAUCUUUUGAAGCAGGAAACUUUCAGGCUGAAGGGAUUCCCCCUAUCAUUACAACUCCUUGCAUUUCAAGCCGUCCCGGAGCUGCAGUCCAUAAUCCCAGCCCCCUUAGACUCGCUAUCAAUCAUCCAACUCGAAGAACCUCAUCUUCCUGUUUACCCGAAGAUUAGCUACCUUGACAUACUACGCGUGGAAGCUGUUGAGAAUGUAAGCACCUCAUCUCCCUCGUUUUACUACUUCAAUUAAUUUUGAGCAUUUCUAUUGUUUUCAUUACGAGUCUAUGUUAACAACUGGUCAUUUUUGCGGCCAUUACAGCUUGCUGUUACAUCAUUGAUACCAAUACAAAGCCAACCGCAACCAGGAUGGGGAGUUUGGCACGACGUUGUUGCUGAUGAACGCCUAACGUACAUGGAGAACCUCAUAGCGAACCACCACCCAUUCAAGAAGCAUCUCUGGCCAGGUGGAGACACUUCCACGCCCAUACUCAUCCAUAAACCUCCCUUGGAGGAACCAGAAACGAGGAGACAAGUUUCAAAAAAUGCUUUGAGACCUAGAAAGCCCCUAAACAAACCACCACCGUGCCGAAAGCAGAGGAGGAUCAGCAACUACUUUCUCAGAACUGGUUCAACCAGCAACUCAAACGAUCAGAUGAUGGAAAUGCUUUCUAAAGUUUCUAGCGAAGUUUCCAAACUCAGGAAAGAGUUUAGAUUGAUGCGCCAACUCAACAAACGCAAGAAGUCUCGAACCCACAGCAAGCGUUCUGCUUUCCAAUCUCUCAUUGGUUCUCCACACAAACCCCAACUCUCACACAGAGGAUGUCAGACUGACCCCACAGAGCAUUCAACCGAUGAUGUACCUAACGAGACGGUACCAUUUUUCCUUUCCCCUAUAAUCUUCUCGCGUUUCUGUUGCAAUUUAUUGACUUUUAUGUAUGUCUGUCAACGUCGUUGCAGUCCCCGGCACCUAUGGAGGAAGAUCAUCCGGAAUGCACCUCCCCUGUUGUCAGCCAAUAUGCAGCUCAGCUCUACGGCCAACCUUCCAGCGAGUCAACUCCGGUCCACACAACACAUCUCCCUACAGAACCUGAACAAACCACACCCGUACACACCACCACCUUUUACACCUUACCCAAACACACCCCCAUUGAACCAAACCCUAUAAUCCACAACUUCCCCGUCCACAACUCCCCCGUCCACAAUUCCUCCGUCCACAACUCCCCCGUCCACAUCUCCCCCGUCCACAACUCCCCCGUCGACACCUCCCCCGUCCACACCUCUCCCAUCCACACCUCUCCCAUCCACACCUCUCCCGUCCACACUUCCUCCGUCCACACCUCCCUCAUCCACAUCACCCCCGUCCACACCACCCCCAUCCACACCACCCCCAUCCACACCACCCCCGUCCAUAACCAAGCCGAACCCACUACACCCAUCUACGAUACUAGUGACCAUCAUUACCACCAACUUCGAUUCCAAGGUUUUGAAAUCUUCGAGCCCAACAGUCCUGCCCCCCAUCACUGAAUAAUCCUAGAUACGACACAUCAACCCACCGAGCUACUCCUAAACCCCCACUAAACCCCAUCACACCCGAUACGUCUCCAACUAAGAGUAGCGGAUUUGCUGAACAUGCCUCAUCUGUCAAUGCAUUCGUUGCUACCGCUACAUCAAAACGAACCUCCCUCCCAACCUUAAACGUGGAAAAGAGUCAGGUACUGUUUUUUUUCCUUACUUUUCUUCCCACCACUCCCGUAACUGCCUUCAUUUCUUGAGUGCAGGAAAACCUAUCUGACGAAGAAGUUGUUGAACUUAGCGACUCCAGCCCUGUAAAGCCAACCCCAAGACAUCAGCCAUCAGAUGAAGAAUGCAACCUUGCAGAAGAACUCUUCAAAUGCCCUUCAAUUCCAGCACUAGCCCUCAUCGCUCCGCUUCCGCAGCACCAGUGGGACCUCUUCCACGCGACUCUCACAGCAAAUACGCAAGCGUACGUACCUUGAUCCAAACCUUCAUCGCAUGCAACAUUUUUGCUUUUUUAACAUUUUCAUUCUUUCAACAACUCUUAAUUCAUGUUCUAACACUAUCACAGAUUCCACAUUACUCCGUCCCAAUUUGACUUCUCCAACAGAUUCAUAUUGGAAAUAGCUCAGCCGCAGAAAUGGGUCACCACAUUUGUAAGUUCGAGUCCCCUUCUAAGCUCCUUUGCUUUUUCUGUUUCUCUUUAUGAUUACUCUGGCUCUUUCUCAUAUUCUGUUGAAUAACAUGUGACGUUAUGGUCCAGCAUAUGGAAAUUUUGAUGUACAUGCUUGCUGGAAGGCACAGAGAGCUCCUUGAUCGAGAGAAGCUUGCUUUCACAACACCGUAUCUAGCAUCCGGGAUUCAGGAGGUCUUCAAGGGGUUCAAGAAAUUGGCAAGGAAAGACCGAUUCAAAUGGGACACCCGUCUGACUGAGUUGGUGCUUCAGCCAGGGAAGAAAUGGAUGGAAGAUGUGUUUACGAUAUACACUCCUAUGAUCUGGGAGGAUCGUCACUGGGUGGGACUAGCUAUAAACCUCGACAUGGGAUAUGUUGAGAUCCUAGACCCACUCCCAACGUUGUAUGGAGA